UCUAGAGGAGGACAUAAAGAGCCCAGCUGCUGCAGCGGCGUCACCAGGUGAGCUUCUGUCAGACAGGUGUGAUCAUGUUCCGUCAGGCUCUCCAGCUCCUCGCGCUCCUGUUGCUGCGCGAGGGCAGAUCAGCUGUUCACAACGACGCCACAGAGUCCCUGAGUGUGCAGUCGGUCCAAGAAGCUCCGGACCGGUCCGCUGAAGAGGACACGAACCAGGCGAGGAACGGAGGGAGGCGGCUCGCGGACGCUGCGCGUCAGGGUCCAGACCAGAGCCAGGUGAGCUGCAGAGAGCUGAGGUCCACCAAGUACAUCUCUGAUGGCCAGUGCACCAGUGUCAACCCCGUCAAGGAGCUGGUGUGUGCUGGGGAGUGUCUUCCAGCCCACCUGCUGCCCAACUGGAUUGGGGGUGGUGGUUCCCCUGGGAGAUACUGGAGCCGCCACGAUGCCCUGGAGUGGCGCUGCGUCAUCGACCGGACCAGGGCCCAGCGCAUCCAGCUUCAGUGCCAUGACGGCAGCUCCAGGACCUACAAAAUCACCGUGGUGACCUCCUGCAAGUGUAAACGUUACAGCAGACAGCAGAAUGAUUCAGGACACAAGAAGACGUCGGCCCAGAACGGGAAGAGUAGGAAAAACCUGGAAAAGGCUCCAGAGCGCGACAACUAGAACCCACAUCUCCAACUGUUUCCUCAUGGUGUGUGUGCAUGAAUCAUAAAAAUCCAGUUAUUGCCAAGAAUGAGAAUGGAGGGUCGAGAUUCCAGAUAACUGCUUUAGAUUAGUUGGUACAGACAAAAACUUUUAUCUCUCAACCAGAUCAGGACUGCUUAGUUUAUUCACCAUCAAUGUGGUCCAGGUUUUAGGUGCAGACUUACUUUCAGCACCAUCAAUGAUUGUAACGCAGCACGGUCUCUGUCAGGGAGCUUGUUUUGAUAAUGUCUGGUACUCAGGAGGAGAGUUAAUGUGAGUGGAUGGCAGAGUCAGUGAUCAAUGUUUCCUCAUGACACCCACCAUCCACUUUAUUAAGUCCACCUUGCUAGUACCAGGUUGGACCCCUUUUCCCUCCAGAACUGCUUUAAUCCUGGUGUGAUAGAUGAAGCAGGUGGUGGAAACCUUCCUCAGAGGUUUUCUCCAUA